CUGUAAUUUUGCGAAAACCCCCACAUUGUGAGUACUCAUCACCGCUCCGUCCCGUCCGCGUGUCGUGGCAAUUGCCGUCCCGUGAGGCCUUAACCAACCAGUACCCGUCCUUCUCCUCGCGACACCGCAUCGCCGCACCGCAUCGCCAUGGCCGUCGCCGGCACCGCAUCGCCGCCGCUCCCCAUCGCAUCUCCUUUUCCUCCACAUCUUCUCACCAAGCGUCGCCCAUCGCCGCUCGCCAUCCCCAUCCCCUUCUCCAACCGAAUCCAGAAGAUCGCCAUCUCCACGACACGGCUGGAUCCGUGAAAAAAGGUUGAAUUUUUUCGACCUUUUCCACAGAUCCGGUGGCAGCAAUGCGAAAUCAGCUAGCGGAUCUCCAUCUCCACGACGCUCUGUCCAGAUACGCACCUUGUCUGCUUGCUGCUGCGUGUUCUUCUUUAUUGGGUGAUGAAUCUGGAUUGAUUUCGGCGAGCUGAUGGCGGCGGUGAUGGAUGCGUGCAGCUGGUGGACAAGGACCCCGAGAGGUCGGGGAACCCAAUGGGGUGUGCGCCCGCAUCGGCGCCAGGGUGUCCAGCCGCGCGCUAUACCUGCUCGACCAGGGCUGGCCGGUCAUCCUCAGCGACUUCGGCACCGACAACCGCGGUGGCAACGUCAACGACAACCACUACUACGGCUGCGCCGCCGCCGUCGCCGCCGACCUCGACCUGGACUGGGCGCUCUGGAUGCUGCAGGGGAGCUACUAUCUCCGGGAGGGCGUGCUGGAUGUACGCGCAGCAGGACGGGCGGCUGACCCUGCGGGACAGCCCGAUGCUGUGCCUCCACGCCAGUCCGUUCAUCAUCUCCCUCCGCCCACUCAUCAUCUCCCUCUAGCUCGGGGGUGAGAUUCGCCGGCCAUUCCGGGCGGCGUGCUCGUCGCCAUAGCGGCAUGCCUGCCUGGAACCGG